CUUCCGAUUUGCUUUCUGUUUCUGCAGCUCGCUUGACAUAAUACUCUGGAAGUGAUGACAUAUUUCACAUAAUCGCACUGAGAAGAUGAAUUAAGCCAAUAUUCAUAAUUUUCUGUGUAGCAUCUUUUUCAACGCGAGAUAUUUUUAAUGCUUUUUAUACCGACUUUAGCGAUAGACUGAGUUGAUCGACUGAGCGGGUCCUCCUUAAAAGGGCAACAGUUUGAGCAAGUGGGCCCCGCAAACACGAUCGCUCAGGGUCUUAUUUAAGUGUCGUUUGAGUGGCAGUGUAAUGUCAUCCUCUAAAGACACUCAGCGCAGUCAGCGGCGAAGGGAGCUAGAUGCCCGCAGGAGUAAGUCUCGCGUGCGGCUGGGCUCAUGUCUGCAGAGCUGGGGUCAGCUCAAAGAGAAACUGGGCUUCUCUCUUCACUCAGAGCUCGCUCAGCAUCUGCUGGAGAGCUAUGCUUCAAGAGUUUGUAUCAAGUGCUCAGGUGAUGGGAAAGGAGAGACAAGCACUUUGUCAACUACCAAGGAGUCUUUGCAGGAACUCAUCCUGUUGGUCCACAACCAUGGACAGACGUGCCCUCUUCCCCCUGUCCUGCAUUCUGGCACUGUCAAAAAAACAACAGAGCGAGAUCAGAGCUCUCAUGUAGCAGGGACAAGAGAAACUGAGUCCAAAGACUCAUCUGAGGUGGACGUGUGUCUUAAAUACACCUGCGAAAAUGGACAUCAUUUUUUGUGGUCUCCUCUUAAGAAGGUAAUGACAUUGAAAAAUCAAGGUGAUAGAACUGCAUUUAGCCCAAAGAGACUCAAACAACGAGGCAGGAGGUGGCUGAAGGAGCCAGACACAGACAUAGAAAGACAAGAAUUGGUGACUGGAUUAAAAACCAGACAACAACAACAAGAAAAUGCUGAAGUUACCACAAAUGACACAGAACAGAAACACAAGACAAGGUCUGAAAUGUUUAGGGAAAACAAGAAUGCAGGUGUUACAAUGACUCCUGGGACACAGGAAGGAAAUGAUAUGGCUGUUGACUUUUUACAUUCAGAUAAUGGAUCCCCAGCAGACAGUGAUGAGCUGACAGGAGGUGGACCUGCAAGAGUUUCCAUUGAAAACCAAAGUCCCACCGAUAUCAAUGAGGAAGUUGCAGUGCUGAAUUUAACCAACAGAGGGACCCAGAGUAAAGCAGAUCCUCCUGAGACACACAAUGCCAACAAAAAGGCAGGAACUCUUAAAGGGCCAGAGUUACUGAAAGAUGACGUGUCCCAGAUUGGUGGCAAAAGAAAACGAAAAUCAACAUCCAAAGUCAUUUUGCCUUGCGAGUUUGAAGGCUGCGAUAAGAUUUUCUCUAGUCUGCAAUAUCUAAAUCAUCACGUCAAGUACCAACAUCUCCAGCAGAAGACCUUUAUCUGCUCGCACCCCACCUGCAGCAAGUCAUUCGACUUUAAGAAGCAUCUGAAGGAGCAUGAGAAGUUACAUAGUAAUCAGAGAGACUAUAUCUGUGAGUUCUGUGCCCGGGCAUUCCGAACCAGCAGUAACCUGAUCAUCCACUGCAGGAUACACACUGGAGAGAAACCGCUGCAGUGUGAGGUGUGUGGCUUUACCUGUCGACAGAAAGCCUCUCUGAAUUGGCACAUGCGAAAGCAUAAUGCUGAGAGCACCUACCAGUUCCCCUGUGAGAUUUGCGGUCGGCGCUUUGAAAAGAGAGACAAUGUCACGGCUCACCGUAGCAAGAGCCACCCAGACUAUAAUACACCCACUCCGGAACUGACUUCCCCUUCUUCUCUCUGACCCACUCCCACAUCCCUCGGGGCACAGCGGAUCUUCCCCUUCUGCUUCCAAGAAUCACACUGCUGUAGAAUAACAUUUGUUAUGUAGUGUUUUGAUUAAAUAUGUAACAAUUUGUGCAUCCUUGACCUUGAGCAAACUCUGCUGUGUGGCUAAUUGGUAUUAAUAAAGAAAGCUGAGAAAUUGCCAUGUGAUGCAUAUCUGAGACAUUAAUUCGUUUUUUGGUGGUUUUUAAAAUAUAAAUAGGUCUUGUUUUGCCAUCAUGCAGAGGCUGUAUUUAUGUAAAAUGACCUGAAUCAGCAUACUAAGGUCAGUGUAUUAAUUAAUAAUAAUUUAUUAUUAUUAAAUUUGUCAUUAACUUAUAUCACACAUUGCUCAUGGGUAACUAUGAGCCUUCAAUAAUAUGGUCAAUACCCAUUAAUUGUCAAUGUAUUGAAACUGCUUUUAAAUU